UUUAAAAUGUCGUAAUCCAUAAAUAAUCAUAUACACAAGCUGAGCCGUGUAAAAACGUUUAUGUUAACACGCGAAAUUAUCGCAGGGCACUUUAGUUUUGAAGGGGAAUAUUAGCACCAGGGUUGCUAGGACAAGCAGGUGGACUCUUAAUGAGAACUAAGAUUGUUUUUCUAGGUUAUCACGGGUCGUUUUGUCAGUUAAGAUCCACGCUGUCUUGAGAGAAAACUGUUGUUCUUUUCUUUAAGUAAAACAAUAGCGUGUUCGGAGCUAAGCUAACAUAUCAGAUACUUCUCGUGAAGCAGCUAGGUUAGCCAGCUAGCUAGCUGUAUGAUUAGCAAAGUUUAGCCAGCAAAGUUAAUGGUACGCUAGUUAAGGUUAAUAUCUGACCAGAAUCAAAUAUAACUUGGUUAUUAAUUCUUAAUAGUUGGUAUAAUGGCUUACUCUCUCAUAUUCAGAACUGGCAGAAAUUCACAUUGUGUACAGCAGAUAUUAAAGCGUGUAAAUGUCACCUUGUCUCCACAAGUGUCACCUUUGCAGGUGAAUAAUCCUAUUUUAAUCCAGCUAAAGUUAACUAAAUCGCCUUUUGCCCAGUGGACAUGUAUGCCUCGCUGGUUUGCUGUUCAAACUCGAGAUUUUCAUGCUGGAGCUCAGAGCAGGAACACAACGGAUCAUGAGGGAAAGGACAGGACCCAGGUGUCAGUCCAAAAGAGCCAGACAUCAUCUGGCCUCUCAGCGUCACAGAAAGUAAAGCAAGCUGGGAAAGAUUUCACCUAUCUGAUAGUAGUGCUCAUUGGACUUGGAGUCACAGGAGGACUUCUGUAUGUCAUCUUCCAAGAGCUGUUUUCAUCAUCAAGUCCAAGCAAAUUGUAUGGAAAGGCGUUUGAGAAAUGCAGAUCACACCCAGAGGUAAUUGGAGCUUUUGGUGAGCCCAUUAAAGGCUAUGGAGAGACCACUCGUCGGGGUAGAAGGCAACAAGUCCGACAUAUUGAAUACAUCAAGGAUGGAGAGAAGUACAUGAGGCUGAAGUUUUACAUCGAGGGUUCAGAGCCGGGACUGCGCGGAACUGUUCAUUCCGAAUCAAAACAGAAUCCUGAGACAGGAAAAUUUGAAUUCCGCUACAUAUUUGUGGACAUAGACACAUAUCCCAGGAGGACAAUUGUGAUUGAGGACAACAGAUGAUCAUUUUCAGGGAAAUUUAUAGAAGAGUGAAUCAGUGAAUCCUGGACAGGUUCUCUUCAAGCACUUAAUGCUCAUAUUUGAAUUGAAGCCUGUUAAACUUUGUUUUGAACUUUGUUGUAUAAUUGCCUUUGGCUAGGUUUCUAUGCUCUAUAAUAGCAAUAUUUAAACUGAAGUUCAAUUUUUUCCCCUAGAUUUCAUACAUUGCGCAUUCUAAAGAUGUCAGCCUAUUUUUGCAGGGAAAUUUACAAGAAAUUAAAUAAUGAAAUAUUAUUAUUUCAUUAAUUAUUCAUAUUUAUUAAUAUCAGUUUACACUUGGUGCUUCAGAAAUUGGUGCUUAUGCAGAUUUUGUAUUAAUCAUCGCAGCCCUCUGUGUUGGGGUCAGUGAUAACUGUGCAAUUUGCAGUUUCCCAGCACUUCAAUAGGUCUAGUUACUGCAGCCACAUUUUGUAAGUCAUUGUGUUUAAUUGUGUCCAGUGUGUGAAAAUUGCUGAUUCCAGAUAAGUGAAGAAAAUGAGCUUUUGUGCUCACUGACAUGCUUGCAAACUGCCUGAUUUCCGUUGUGUCAUUGGUCAACUCAAUCUACUUCUUAAAAUGAGUUUUUGGCAUCAGGAAUAAAAUCAUAUAGGCUGGUGCUGCACUUCUGUCAUUUAGUUAAGAUGAAUUGGAAAUAAACCAAAAUAGUGGUCAUUACUUGUUGUUACGUUGUAUUAUAAUGACACAUAUUGGACAUAUUUGGAUUUUUGCUUGCUUUGAAAUGCAUCUGUUGUAAUAUGGAGUGAUUGGAAAAGGAGAAAAGGCUUUACAUUGAGAUGUCAUUCAGCAUGUUUUAGUGGGAAAUGGUUCAUUGUUGCAGCCUCAUGUGUCUUUACAGUGGUGGUGAUGGGAGCCAGGGUCAUGAUGUCUACAACACAAAUAUAGUAAUUUUAUUUACCAUCCAAAAGAGACCAGUGAACUUACACAUGCUUUCUGAGAUUUCAUAUGUUAUGCUGAUUGUAGUGAAAUAAUGUUAAAUCUGAAAUAGCAAAAAAAAAAUGGCGCACAGCGACCUGCAUGAAAUUCUUGGCCAUUAAUAUACUGUAUAUUAACACAUGCGUUUUAGGCCAUGGGCGUAUCUGCCGUAAAACAAUGUCCAAGACCUCAGGCAGCAAAUUGAUAACCAUUUCAUGGGAUAACUUUAUAUGAGGGAGAUUUUAAAGGUGGAAAUCUGGUCCUGUCACCACCGCUGUAAACAAAUCUGACUCGGUAAGUUUCUCUAGAAUGUAACAUUCCAUAUCAAACCACACAAUUCUUGGAAAAAUUUGUGGAGUUCUCUUUUAAUGGAAGCAGCAGGAGUGAUGCCAAGAAAUCAUUUUUCAUUUGCAGUAAUGAUCUAAGCUGUGGUGAAUAAAACCACAGCACUUUUUUUUGUGGUUGAACUUAAUUUAUGGUGCAAUAUGAAUCAACUUCCAGUUCAGUAGCUUCAUAUGUUUAAAAGGAGUUUUGAGUGCAACAACAGAUAUUUCAUGAACCUCUUAUUGUGCGUCUGUGAGGACGAUUAAUUAAAGGAGGAGCAAGUA